GAAGAAGACAAGAGCGAGUCCUUCAUGAUGUCCUCCUCUGCCAUGUGGAUGGAACGGGAACGGAGCGAACGGGAUGCCCUUCUCCAAAGGCGAGCCUCGUUGGAAAAUCAAAUCCAGACUCUGGUCGACGUUCCGGCCAUUCGAUAA